UUUUUUGUUUUUUUUUGGAAGGGGGUGGGGUCUUCAAGUGUUACAGUUGGUUAUCUUUAAGGAAGAUUAACAAGGGGACUCACAGCAGGAUGUAUGAGUUCUUUACAGGGAAUUUGGCCUCACACACAUGAAAACACGAGAAAAUACUAUUCCUAAGAAACAUCUUGUCAUCGGCGGCAAACUGGCAGCGCAGACCCUCCCACCUUUGUAUCCUGAUAUCGCACAGGAGACAAUAGGUAGGACAGGGGAGACACCAGGAAAGGACAGAGCAGCGAAGACAAGUAUUUUUCACCAGCUGGGAUGGAAACCCAAGAGCCUGGCAGACAAAGAAGGGUGUGAUGCGACGGCAGCAGCAGCCCACCGAAGGCACCACGAACCUCCUUCGCUUUCAGGAGGGCAGCGCGGGCUCGGCGAAGCUCUGUCACGACCGCGGGAGGCGAAAGGCACGGCGGCCGAACAAAAGAUUUUAAAGGCCUGGAAGGGAAAGGUGGAGGGACGAGCAGGCGGCUCCCGGGCACGUGAAGCUGCGCAGGGCAGGGGCCGGCUCCGGCUCCAGCCCCGUCUCCCGGGCACGCCGCCUCCCGUCGGCAGCCUCCAGGUCGAUCCCCUCACACCGGCCGGCUCCUCAGGCCCGGGCAGCCCCGUCCAGAGACCCCUCCCUUCCCAAAGAGGCGCGGGGCAGGGCAGGCGGGGGAGCCCUCAGAGCCACCCCCGUCACCGCUCCGGGCUCCCGCUCGCUCCGGGGCGGGUCUCGGCAGGACCCGCCGGCCCCGCUGGGGGCGGGGCCUCGCCGAGCCCCGCCCUCCCGGCCCCGCCCCGCCGCUCGCGCCGCCGAGCAGCUUCCUGA